AUGAAGAAACCGUGGAAAUCUGGGGCCAAUGCUGCUCCAGGCGCUCAGCCUGUUGAUAUUCAACAGUCUGCUAUCCGGGGCAGAAUCUCAGGACCGGUUCCCAUUUCAACUUCUCUGGACGAUGAAUUUCCAAUUCGCAAUCCUGGUACCAACAUAGCGACGCCUGUCCAGAACGAAUUCCAGGAAUCUCAACCCGAGCCCACCCCAUCCCGCAGUGAUUUCAGAUCACCAACUCUUCCAGAAACUCGUCGAAACGGACCACACAGUUUCAGAGAGGAGCCAAGAUUAUCAAUCCAUGCCCGGCAGCCUGGUACACCAAGCCGGCUGCAAAAGGCUGAGCCAUCAAGCAAUGCCAGGCAUUCUUUUGUUAGCUCAGAUCGUACGCAAAAUAAAGAUAAGGAGCGCCCACAACGAAAACAAUCGACCCUUCGUGGUGCUUUGGGUAAGCUCUUCAACCGCAAGAAGAGGGCCAACGACAACGAGAGCACUGGAAAUACCGACUCAGAAGCCGGGUCAGUGCCAGUACGCCCCGGGCCUUAUCGCCGAUCGACCGGCGAGGAUGGUCGAGCACAAGAUUCAGUGCCCAGCUUAAGUCAUAAAGAUAGAUCGGCUCCUAGAGCAAGGAGUCGCCCUUUCCCUGGAGCAGAGUCUAAGCGGUCUGCCUCACUCCCCAUCACCGAGUUCGAUCGAGCGUUGAGAUCUCACUCUAUCAGACCGGAAGACGUACGCGCCAUUGAGAGCGCACGUAACUCAUUGAGCGCUGACUUCGGUCUAACUCAUGCAGCAAAGCUACGUGAGUGUAAUCUGGCAGGUCUUUCUCCGCGACCUGCGAGCAGUCAUGGUCGAGAAAGCCGUCAGGAUCAACAUGACGAGAACGUCAACGAAAUCGGGCGUGCAAUUACCAGCGAUCUUCCAGGAGUUCGACGAAGAUCGCGGAGCUUGUCAGGUCUCCCAGAUGACAGCCAUAUUCAUACUCGCCGGCGCAGUGACGAGAUCAAAUAUUGGAGAGAAAGCUACGAUCCUACCUUCAUGCACCCCAUGUCUUCUAACGUUGUGGACGGCGAAGAUGGCGUCGCCGCGGAAGCCGAUUAUGUUCAGCAUGGCGAGGAAGAAGAUUCACAGCAGCAACAGGCGGAACCCUUCAACUUUGGCUCUUUUGCAGACAUGAAACAAGUGGGCAGCAUGAAGAUUACACAUGCAGCGAACAUGGAGACACGGAUCAACAAUCUUGAGUCCCGCGUUUAUCAGUUAGAGCAAGUUCUCGACCGAAUGCGCGACAAUGGCUCGAACCGACAAUCACACCUGGACCCCCCUGACCGGGCUGCGCCCCCAAUCCCAAUCGAAGAACGGUACACGGCAAAGGUUGCAAAUGACCAAGCAGAUUGGACUGAAAGGGACAACAGGAGAGGGUCGAGGCGACUCGAUGGUCAUCAAAAAGCAGGCCAAAGAGGAAGUAUGUUUCUUGAUCUACAGUCCCCAGCCAUUUUGGAUGGCAGCAAGGAUCGCCCUACAUCCACAGCAACAGUCCGUGGCACGACUAGUCUACCCAGCUUGCUCAAAGAUGCACCCGAGGCUUUUACGAUGGAUCAUUACACAACACUUCUAGCUCUGAUUCAUACCGAACGUUCCGCCCGACAAGCUUUGGAGACUCAAGUCAGGACACUUGGUCACCAACUAAGCAUUCUAUCAAAUUCAGCAGCUAUGAACGGCGGGUACGACCCCCCUCCGACAGCGAAGUCCUUUGGUGACAGAUCGGCGUUCGAUCACGACGACGAUGAUGAUAACCUUGCAUCCCUGGCGGUCAUCACGAGAUCGCAUAGCCGACACGUCGACCCCGAAGAUUCGGGUAUUGGGACUGGCCAUGGCGACGACAGCGAGUACUCCGAUACAUUUGAGACACCUCGUGAAGAGAGUGGACAUAACUUUGGCGCUUUUGGCGAAGACCUCGAUAGGGAAGACCAGGCACAGACAAAGGCGGCACGGACGUUGUCUUUAUCACAAUUAACCAUGGGCAGAGGUACUCAGAAAUCUUCGCAGCAUCUUCGUCGGGUCAUAUGA